AUGGACCACAACCCACGCAAGCGCAAGCUUAUCGACUUGCGCGCGCCGGACAAGGCCCGCGAACUCGGCUCGUAUCGCGAUCAGCGUUACCAGGGUACGCUAAGGAAACAAGAGGAGCAGUUGAAGCGUUCGACGACACUGUACGUCGGCAACUUGUCCUACUACACGCGCGAGGAGCAGAUCUACGAACUCUUCAUGCGUGCCGGUGAUGUGCGACGGGUCGUCAUGGGACUCGAUCGUUUCAAGAAGACGCCGUGCGGAUUCUGCUUUGUCGAAUAUUACACACGCGAGGACGCGGAAAUUGCGAUCCGCUACAUCAAUGGCACCCGGCUAGACGACCGCAGAAUUCGCACGGACUGGGAUGCCGGCUUCAUCGAGGGCCGGCAAUAUGGACGAGGACGGCAUGGCGGACAAGUUCGCGACGAGUACCGCAAGGACUACGACCCGGGCAGAGGUGGCUGGAACAAGAGCGUGCAGGGCCGCAACGACGAGGAUGAU